GCAGUGUUUCCAGUAAAGCUGGAAAUGUGAGAGAGUUAUGAAGCUAGAGAAAGUAGAAAUAUUAUUAGGAGAGUAAUUUUGCAAGCUUCUUUGUAUGUGUGAACUGAAAUUCUCAAAACUUAUUAUUACUUUUGUCAGUAUAUAGUUUACAGCCAUGGAAGAAAAUUUAUGAGAGGAUGGAAGAUAAGCUUUGAUACAGGAAUAACCCUUCUGCUCAAUUUUUGUGCUAUUUCUAAAAGCAGAAGAUUUACAGAUCAACUGGGAUUUUUUGAAAGAUCAGUUACAAAAUAUUACGUGCAUCUGCAACCUUAUUUUUGAAAAAUGUUUUUGUUGACGUUUUACAGAAAAAUUCAACCUGAAGAAGACACCUAAGAAAUUCCACUGUUCAGUGAUUUGUCUACUGCAGUUGUAAGAAGUAGGAAACACAAUUGUAAGGGGAAGAUUAACUCUGAGUGUUGCUGUUAACUCCAUCUGUUAUUUAUAGUAAUUGCUAUUUGGAUUUUCACCUCUACAAAGAAAGGCUGCUUUGUUAAUUAAUGAAAUGUGGGAGAAGUCCAGAUGAGAAAGAACACUUACUGGAUGACACAAUACACAGUCAGCACCAGUUGUUCCCAAGAGUGCGUAGCUGGAGCCAUAUGAUCUUAUCAACACAUUUGAGAGCCCUACCCAAACACUGAGAGAGAUUUUGCUGCAGCAAUGACUGUCAUAGAAGAAAGUCGCCCCUUUGCCCAGCAGCUAUCCAAUGUCUACUUUACUAUACUUUCCCUCUUUUGUUUUAAACUUUUUGUGAAGAUCAGCCUUGCUAUACUCAGUCACUUCUACAUUGUGAAAGGGAACCGUAAGGAAGCAGCAAGGAUAGCUGCUGAAUUUUAUGGAGUUCCUCAAGGACAAGGUUCUUGGGCAGAUCGCUCACCUCUGCAUGAGGCAGCCAGUCAAGGACGUCUUCUUUCUCUAAAGACUUUAUUGUCACAGGGUUACAAUGUAGACACACUAACUAUUGACCAAGUAACUCCACUUCAUGAAGCCUGCCUGGGAGAUCAUGUAGGAUGUGCAAGAAUCCUUCUUGAAGCAGGAGCAAAUGUAAAUGCUACAACAAUUGAUGGAGUGACACCUUUAUUUAACGCAUGUUCGAGAGGCAGCGCAGCAUGCGCUGAGCUCCUGUUAGAGUAUGGUGCCAAAGCUCAGUGGGAGUCCUGUCUUCCAUCCCCAACUCAUGAAGCAGCCAGUAGAGGACACAGCGACUGUCUGGAGGUACUGAUAUCCUGGGGUAUAGACGUUGACCAAGACCUUCCCCAUUUGGGAACACCUCUGUAUGUAGCAUGUGUUUCACAGCAGAUCCACUGUAUUCGAAAGCUUCUUUAUGCAGGUGCCAACGUGCAGAAAGGAAAGCAUUUGGAAACUCCACUCCAUGCUGCUGCCCAGCAUUCAAGUACAGAGAUCGUAAACUUACUCCUUGAAUUUGGGGCAGACAUAAAUGCCAAAAAUACAGAUUUUGAGAGGCCUGUAGAUUUAGCUGCUCCAAGCAGUUUAGUGGAGAGACUGCUGCUACUCCAUGAAGCCACACCUUCUUCUCUUUGCCAGCUCUGCCGACUACGUAUCCGAAAUUACAUAGGAAGAGCCAGACUGCAUCUUGUGCCACAACUCCAGUUGCCAACAAUACUGAAGAAUUUCUUACAGUAUAGAUAAUGUAGUAAUUAACCUUUAGAAGCUUGAAUAACAAAUACUUUUUCUUCUUUCUGUUUAUUGUAUAUUUUACCUAAAGAACUGCUGGGCGGAAAAAAAAAUGCCUUUUGCAUAUUACUUUAAGAAAACAAAUCUUUGACACCUGGUGUUGAUAUGUAAUAAUAAUUGGGAGCCAUUCAGCAACUGGUACCAAGGUGCUAAUAAGGCUGAAUUGAAUGUGUGCUGAUACUCUGGGAAAUGAUUGUAUAGCUUUAGCUUAACACUAAUUACUAAUUAGCUUUAGUGCUGUUAAUUUUAAUUGUAUUUAUACUUUAAAAUUUGGUUGACACACCUGAAAUGCAAAAAGUUUCUUCAUUAUUAUUUGUUAAGUUUGUCCAUUUAGAGUCAUUAUUUUAUGUGUUUUUAAAUUUCUGUUUUUUGUGUACCUAAAAUUACUUGUUAGUAGGUACACUAUAUCCAUUGAUUAAAAAAAAGUAAUAAAAUAAAUACAUAUCUA